AUGCUGCGCAAGCAAGAAAAGUACACGAAAAUAACCCCCAUCCCUCCGCAAGUCCCGCGCCAACUAGCGCUCGACAUUCUCCACAGCCAUAGCGAGAUUAUCACCCUCAACCCGCUCGUGCUCUCCCACCACCCCAUCAAAGCCCCGCAGCACGCAGUCGCAGACGAGUAUUAUUCAACAUGGUACGAAAUCACUGAGCGCGUCCAGUAUCUACCCGGAAUCGGGAAACUUGGAUCUGGCAAGAUCAGCUUCAAGGGCAGCUUCCACAACACGCCAUGGGGCCUGCAGACGCACACCUACGGGCCGGCGGGCGUGGACCUGCGCAUUCAAUGGCGCAUUGGAGGCAACCAGCCCAACGAGCCAGAAGUGCCGGAGAAGGGAGUCCCAAACGGGCUGUAUCUGCGCGAGGAUAUUGAUAUUGAAUGCAACAUAACGCUCAUCUCGUUCGUGAAAAAGGAGCUGCAGGCUUCAUCGAAGGUGCUCGUUGACCGGCUGAUAAAGAAAGCGGAGCUACUAGAUACGGGCGCCCUGGAGGGUAUCAUGGAGGAUGGAAGGUUGAAGACAUUUAAUCCGGCUGAUCGGUCGAAUAUUCCGCCGGUACAGUGGGCAGAUGCUCAGAAACCGCUGUCUCCGACGUCGUCGCAGGCCCGGUGGUCGGUAUCGUCAGGGGCGGGACACCAGUCUUUUGCGCCCCCGCAAUACGGGCAGGACCACAUUUCAAGUGUGACGGCCGAGUUGCCGGGUAUGUGUAUGCCUAAUAUUGACCUUCGAAAAUCGACUAAUAUCAAGCUAGAUACAUCAGUCACGUACAACGCUGGCUCUAAAGUGAGCAAGGCAUACCCGGCCGAACUGCCCGCAAUGCAGGAGAAUCCACGAGAUCAUAACGAGAGUCAUUGUUUUAAAGGCCAGGGCGCUUAG